AUGGGGGUCAGGGUAAUGAUACGAGAGAGGUUGUCUAUUGGAGACGAGGGAGGCGACCACCCAAGCCCUCCCCCACCUGUGGUAGUCCCAGACCAAAAACACAGCCCCCAGCUCCAGCCUGCAGACCUGACCAAGCUGAGGGAAAUGUUGACUCAGCGCGAUAACGAGAUCAAUAUCCUGGUGAGCAUUCUGAAGAAGGAGAAGAGGAGAUCUAAGGACGCUGCUGCUCAACUGGCCAACAUCUCCAAUGGCCGUUCCUUGGACCCCCAGACUCCUUUGAGGUUAUACACAGCGUCACUGGCAGGAGACACAGAGGCAGUUGAGAAUGACCAUGGAGUGCCACCCACUCUUUAUGGGGAAAGAGCGUCCAAGCUGUCGAUGGGCAAACAGGAGGCUUUUGAGAUCUUCAGGAGAGACCAUGAAGACCGGCUGACCAUCGAGGACAACAAGGCCCUGCUCAAACAGAGGUUUGCUGAGGCUAAAGCAUAUGGGGAGGAGGUGAACGAAGCCAGAAACGGAGUCAAUAAACUGAAGAAGCAGUUGGAGUUGCAUAGGAUGCAGAGAGCCGCUCACGGUGUCACUGUUAGCCCAGCAGAGGUAGAGGAGGUAGACCCUGUGGAAGAAAACAUCCGCAGACAGAUGGAUGAGGAGAAGAAGAGUUACAAGAGCACCUUUGGCCAUCUGAAAACACUGAAGAUGGAGAUUGAGCACCUGCAGCUGCUGCUGGAGCGAUCAAAGGUGAAGCUCCAGAGAGAUUUCCAGGAUUGGUGGAGCCAGGAGGCCGCCAGGCUACAGGUCCCAGAGUCAGAGGGCAUGGCUAGGGGUCAAAGUUCAAUACGGACCAAUCAGAGCUCUGAGUCGUCCUCUCCUAGCCAUCCAAUGACCAGAGCCCUGUCCUCCACUGAGCUCUCAAAGUCCUUCUUCCCUCUGACUGGAGACCAGCAGACAGACGCAGACAUCCUGGGCUUCAUUAGGGCCCGACACAACCUGCUAAACAGGACAGGGCCACCUCUGCCAUGACCCAAAUGCUUGUCUUGUGGCUGCAUCCCGAGCAGAAGUGAAGGAGUGCCACCCGGGAACAUCUGAAUGUGUUCGACACACAUAGGAUCUAUGCGAUUGGUGCCUAAUGAACUUAACCCAGAUGCUCUCACAUGUCCACAUGAGACUCAGGCCUCAAUUAUGUUAGAAUGGAUGUUGGUUGGAUGAAAGGGAACUGGAGGAAGACUAAAAUUCACUCACACACACACACACACACACACACACACACAUUCUCUCUCAGACAUACAAAUACACACACUCACCCACUCUCUCACUCACACAAACACUAGUGGUGUGUGGGUCAUCCCUGUUAGUGAGCAUUUCUCCUUUGCCAAGAUAAUCCAUCCACCUGACAGGUGUGGCAUAUCAAGGAGCUGAACUUCUUCGGGAUCGGUGCCCCUUCCAUGGGACGGUUGAGCUAACAUAGCAUGAGGUUGUAAGUAACAAGAAAAUUUCCCAGGACAUAGACAUAUCUGAUAUUGGCAGAAAGCUUAAAUUCUUGUUAAUCUAACUGCUCUUUCCAAUUUACAGUAGCUAUUACAGUGAAAGAAUACCAUGCUAUUGUUUGAGGAGAGUGCAGUUUUGAACAUGAAAAUAAAAUAAAAUAAACAAAAAUAAAAUAAACGAACUAGGCACAUUUGGGUAGUCUAGAUACAACAUUUUGAACAUAAAUGCGAUGUUUCAUUUGAUCAGUCUACAAAUGUGCACAUACACUGCCAUCUAGUGGCCAAAAUCUAAAUUGCAUCUGGCCUGGAAUACUAUAUUAUGGCCGUUCUCUUGCAUUUCAAAGAUGAUGCUCCAAAAAAAAAUACAAAAUAACGUUUUUUUUUUUUUUUUACUAUCUUUUACCAGAUCUAUUGUGUUAUAUUCUGCUACAUUCAUUCACAUUUCCAAAACCUUCAAUGUGUUUCCUUUCAAAUGGUACCAAGAAUAUGCAUAUCCUUGCUUCAGGGUCUGAGCGACAGGCAGUUAGAUUUGGGUCAUGUCAUUUUAGGCAAAAAUUGAAAAAAAAGGGGCAGAUCCUUAACAGUUUGGUCAUUCCACAGGUGCACAUUGUGCUGGGGACAUUGUGUCACACAACACAAUGCCAAAGAUUGGCUUGUUGACUGCAGGAAUGUCUACCAGAGCUGUUGCCGCUUCCAACAUCGUUUUAGAGAAUUUGGCAGUACGUCCAGCUGGCCUCACAACCACAGACGGCAUGUAUGGCUAUGGACAACUAACACAAUUGCAUUCUAUCGCAAGCACAGAGAUACCGUAACGAGAUCCUGAGGCCCGUUGUCAUACCAUUAAUCCGUCUCCAUCACCUCAUAUUUCAGAAUUAUAAUUCACGGAUCUGUACACAAUUCCUGGAAGCUGAAAAUGGCCCAGUUCUUCCAUGGCCUGCAUACUCAGACAUUUCACCCAUUUGAGCAUGUUUGAGAUGGUCUGGAUCACCUUGUACGACAGCGUGUUCCAUAUCGCACAGCCAUUGAAGAGGAGUAGAGCAACAUUCCACAGGCCACAAUUAAGUCUGAUCAACUCUAUGCAAAGAAGAUGUUGCGCUGUAUGAGGCAAAUGGUGGUUACACCAGAUAUUGACUGGUUUUCUAAUCCACGCCCACUUUGUUAAGGUAUCUGUGACCAACAGAUUCAUAUCUGUAAAUCCAGUCAUGUGAAAUACAUAGAUUAGGGCCGAGUGAAUUUAUUUCAAUUGACUGAUUUCGUUAUAUGAACUGUAAUUCUUUAAAAUUGUUGCAUGUUGCGUUUACAUUUCUGUUCAGUAAAUAUGUGAAAAUCUGAGGCCUGCACCUGACCCGGCAAUAUAGAAAAUGCACUGUGGGCUAGAGUUACAGAUGGUCCCCCCAAAAUUUGACAGGGGUGCAGGAUUUAUUUUGCCUGAUUUAGAAAUGUUUCUGCUUAUAAUUUCCAACAUGUUGGUGGACAAUUUGUUAGUCAAUGUGUCUAUAAUUAGAUACAUGCAGCUUCUCAUCUGUCAUUCAUUAUAUGUUGCCAAAGAAGACUAAAUAAACCUUUGCUCACCAGAAUGUCAUAAAUCGAUAGAGUUAAUGCUUCAAUCUAGUUUGCAUCUGCACCUUUCAUCUCGGCUUCCUUCGUGGAGAAAACACGUUUAGGGACCAGGUACAAAAUGCAAUAACUAAAAAAAAACAUUAAUUUCCAAUUUUGCAAAUGACAUCAGUUUAACCGGUUGUAAGGAAAUAGAAAGCUGUGAAAAUGACCCAACAUGUUUCUGUUAAGAUUUCAGUUCGACUUGAAUGUAUAUUUUAUGUGUUUGAAAUACUAUAAGCUUUUGUGUUGCUGAUAAAGAUUGCACCUCUACAGAUGGUAUCUAACUGGCUAUGCAUGCCAUCGAUAGAUUGCAAAUUAAGAAAUCAUGUGACUAAGCUAAAUAAAAAUAAA